AUGAAAGCUCGAACCAAGGACUUUGUCUAUGGUGUUGAGGAGCAGAUGGCUGAACUCAAGGUUUUAGAAAGAUCUUAUGGCAUAGCAGAUGAAGAACCUCAAUGUUUUCCUCAAUAUUUGCAAAAAUAUAAUGAGCCAUUAGAGAUGACUAUGUUAACCUUGACCUUGGUUUUCAAAAGCCAUGAUAAUUCAAACUUCAAAGGAGCUAUAUGCGACAAGAUCAAACAAUCUGCAGAAGGAGCAAUUCAGGCUGUGAUUGAGUUUGUUACGGAUAGGAAGAAGGAGCUGAAUGAGUCUGAUAUUUCAAGGUCUGUUAUAGCUCUCACUGCGUUCUUCAGAGGUGGUGGUAAAGUUGGAAAAAAAGCAGUUGAACAAAGAUAUGCUUCUGUCCUUGCAACACUUGUGCUUCACUUUGAUACCUCCAGAUAA